AUGGCGGCAGCUGAGAACCCCCGAGGAUAUUUUCAGCCAUCAGCGACAACUGGUCAGUUGACAUACAUGUAUGGCGAAAGUUUCGGUCAUCAACAACGACUAGCACAACCAGCACAACAGCAACGACAUCGACCAGCACCUCAUCCACAUCUUCAACAGCAACCACAGCAACUACAACUACAGCUCCAUGUAAGAUUAUAGGAACAAUAAUCGAUUCACUACACAAAACACAGACAUAUGUUUUUUAUUUCAGUUUCAAUUAAGUCAUAUUUGCCACUGAUUGUAUUAGCUGCUAUAGGAUUACUCGGAUUAUUGAGUGUAUGCUGCUAUUGUUGCUGUCGGCAUUGUUUCAAGUAUGUCAUAGUGUAUCUGCUUUCAGUUAAUUUUCAAAAACUCCUACGUCAAACAAGCUAGUGUAUGGCUACCCAUAUGAAGGAAGUCGCUUGAAUCUGAUCACAUGUCGCAAUACGCUUAAAAGUCAUCGAUUAGUCACGAGAAGUCAGGGAUCUUUCGGUGAUUUUGAUUUUUUUAAAAAGCCGUUCGAGUUGACGACUCAGGGGCUUUUCUCUCAUUCACCGUUUUGUUUUGCGGUGAAUCAGACACAUAAUAAACGCAAAGUUUGACGGAAAAUUAAUAUUUUUUCAGAUUAUACUUUCACGGGUAGGGCCAUGUCUGGUUUUUCUUGAUACGAAUGCAUAAGUUAACCCAAUACGAGUUAACUUAUGCACUGAGAGACAAGUAAAACAUGCUGUUUGGACGGGAUUACAAAAGGUUUUCGAUCUGGCAACCGAGCGCAAUCGGCUACUGUUACAUCGAUCUUGUGAUCGAUCAGACGAAGCUAGUAAAGCGGUUCAGGGUGUCCCAAGAUAGACGAGUUCGAGUAUUUAAACUUUUUGCUCAACCUCGUCAUGUUCUUUGGUGCGUUACAAUAAAACUGAAAGCAAAUAAUUAUAAAUAAGAUAAACGAUAGUUUCGAUACUGUAGGUGAUAAAGUUUUUAACUCAUUCUGGUGCUUUUUAAGCGAAUUGUGAAUUUUUCAAUAUGAAUUGAAACCAGUCUUAAAACCGGAAUUUACUUAAAUACUCAAUGGCGAAAGCCAAUUGUGAAAAUAUCCUUUGUUAUCGGAGUUGCAAUCAUUUUACUGAACUACGAAUCAUUUGGACAAUUCAAUCGCGAAAACUUGAUUUUUCCUGAGUCCAGGUACCUUGAAGAAAAUCUAACGACAGAUUCUUGUGCGCUAGAGUCAGGGCUUUCCAAUCAUACGAGAAAACGGACAAUUAUAACGGUGGCAAGUUUCAGGUCUUAUCCAACGGGGUUCUUUGAUCCUUCGCGACAUAUCGAAAGCCGGCAUCCGUAAAAAUGUGACCAAUCGGACUGUUAUGGUCACAAUGAAUAGACGGUUUUCAGCUUGUUUUGAAAAUAAUUAUAUGUACUAGAUUUACAAAAUAAGAGUAUUUGUAUAUCUCUUUGCAAAAAAGCUUCUAGUUUCAGUUUCUUCAGAGGUAGAAAGUGAAUCUGUAGGAUUCUUACCGUUUUUUCUGUAAAUCUCGGAUAGAGGUAAAAGUUUCAAAUCUGUAUUAGGAUGAAUUUUGCAUGAAAUUUGUCGGUCUCAUUGAAAUAUAAUAAUGUUUAUACGCUGAGAUUUUGACGCAACAACUGAUCCUUGGAGCUAUUUUUUGGAGGAUGUGUCGCCGUUCGCCAAUUCAACUUUCGCCAAUGUUCGCCAGUAGACAUUCGCCAAUAGGCGAAUGUCCAAAAAAGUUGGCGAAUGUCAAUGAGACAUUCGC